AACGCACCCUGAAGUCGAAAGUAUUGGUGGGAAGCCGAAAGUCGGGAAGAACCUCACUAGGGGCACUCCAUCCCAGAUUCUACAGAACACAGCCGACCUUACCACACAUUUGAACUUGGGCCCAAUUAUGGCAAACUUGAUUGAAGCUGGAGAAUUUCAUGCAAUGGGCAGCUGUCAGGAAAACACUGAUGCCACAUUUAACCAGGAAAUCACAGAUGCCCAACUCAGCCAAUCAGAACCACCAGUGCCCCCAUUCAGCCAAUCAGAUCCAGCAGCGCCCAUGCCACCAAACGAGAGCUUCACCAGGAGCCAAACCGUGUUUUUGAUUGACCUGAUGCGGCACCACAUCUUCAACGAAGGCGAAGGUCUCCCGAAAACAUUACACGAACUGAACACACGACUUAAAUCCGCCAAGGGCAGAAAGAAACUGCUAUGGGAAGACGCAGCAGAGCAGUUGAGCAGCCAUUUCACGGAGUCUUUUCUACCUCGAAAGGUGAGCCGGAAAUGGAACACUCUGCUGGACGGAUACACGAGGGCUAGAUACAGCAUGAGGAACAUGGGGAAGGACACCCGCUUUCAGUUUUAUUCAGAGAUGGACGCGCUCUUGGAGAACCUGAAGGAGGAGGAGCAUGAUGUGAUCCUGCCUGUUGUGGUGACACCAGUGGGACGAGGGCUGCGUAAAUCUCCAUCCCAAGCCUCUCGUAGUAGCAGUGUGACUGCAUACAGGACUCCAUAUAGUGCUCCUCACAGGAGGUCUACUCCAUACACAUCUCCACUCAGGACUCACUACAGCACGGCAUUUGUACAGUCGUCCCCAGUUGUGCAAGUGAAAGAAAACGAGAGCUUCAACAAGGACCAGACGUUGUUUUUGAUUGACUUGAUGCGGCAGCUCGUCAUCACUGAGGGGGAAGGUCUCCCAAAGACCCUCGAAGAGUUGAAUGGACGACUCAAAUCUGCCAAGAAGCGGUUGUGGGAAGACGCGGCCGAACAGCUCAGCAGCCACUUCCUGGAAUACUUCAACCCUGAUGUGGUGGCCAGAAAAUGGAGCAGUCUUGUUCAAGGAUAUAAAAACGUCCGAGACCGCGAUAGAAUCACAGGGCAGAGGAACAGCAUGCGCUUCCAGUUUUACUCGGACAUAGACGAGCUUCUGGACGUUCAACAUGACGAGGCCCCCCCUGUUGUCGUGACGACAGAGAGGCAAAGCCAACCCAGCAGCACUGAUUCAGCAGUCGCCGACAGUAAUACAACAACAGGUAGCUGUCAGGAGAACACCGAGGCCACAUUCAACCAGGAAAACACAGACACCCCACUCAGCCAAUCAGAACCACCCAUACCCACAUUCAGCCAAUCAGAAUCACCCAUACCCACAUUCAGCCAAUCAGAUCCACCAGUGCCCACACUCAGCCAAUCAGAAUCACCCAUACCCACAUUCAACCAAUCAGAAUCACUCCUAUCACUGGAAACCAAAGAAAGCUUCACCAGGGACCAAUCACUGUUCUUGAUUGACCUCAUGCGCCAGCACAUUGAGAAUCAGGGCGGCGGUCCCCCAAGAACGUUCAAAGAGUUGAACAAACGACUUACUGCUAUCAAGGGCAGUAAGCAAGAACUGUGGAAAGAUGCAGCAGAGAAGUUGAGCGUCCAUUUCAGGAAGUCCUUUUGUCCUCGGAGGGUGUCCAGGAAGUGGACCACUCUUGUUGACGGAUACACAAAGGUUAGAGAAAAUAUGAGAACUCGAGGCAAAGAUGCCACACGCUUCCAUUUUUACUCUGAGAUGGACGCCCUUCUGGUAGAGGAAGACGAGUCCUUCCCCGUGGUCAAGACCCCUGAGAGGCGAGAGGUGGUUGGGCCCGUGUUGCGAGGCCGUCGUAGCCGCGUGAGGGCAUUCAGUGACGCGGCAGACGACCCCUCACCCCCUGGCACGCCGACGCCACCCUCUCACAAGCGCAGGAGAGAAGAGGACCAACUGCUGCACUUCCUGCGAGAGGCAGAGAAGGCCACUCAGCGCCGCCACAACGAGACUCUCACGCAUCUCAAGUCUAUUCAGUCUCUGAUGACCAAGCUGUUAGACAAGCUGUAGUCGUUUGUCCUUUCAAAAUGUCCGUUAUGUUAGAUGAGAAAUUACACAGUGGCUUGUAGAGGUGACCUGUGAAAGUCAACAUUUUCACUUUUAGAAAAGAUACGCAAAAAUGUACAGUAUGUAUGCACCAGUAUAUUUUCAUAUAAUUCAUAUUACUUCAUACAGUGUUCCGUAAUUAUAAGCCGUGGCUUAUACAUUGAUUUUGCAAAAUUUCAUCAGCUAUGAGGUUAAUAUGUGGGGCAGUUAAUAUGGUAUUAUUAUGGUGUUGUUUCUUUUAACUUGCAUUAACACUGUCUGGCUAAUACACAAGAAAUCCCUCCAAAUCAAGCAUCUGAGAAAGAUAUCAGGUAAUAUCCAGUUGCUGGAGUAUGGUUUCACUUUGGUUAAUAGCCACCUUGCUCUUGUUGUUUAAAUGGGGACUUUUGUCCUUACGUAUAAUCUUGUGAUCACAUUUGGCUGCCUGACUGUAAUUCACUUUAAUACUUUAAACAUUUCAUGAAUGCAUUAAAUCAAAAUUAUUUAUGUUA